GCCGGCCGCGGGGUGCGUCGAGGCACCAGCGCUUCGAGCGGCCCCAAAUCCGAUAUUUGAGUACCUGCAAAAUACCAGGUGUAUUGUAGAUGUUUGGAAUAUAGCAGUGAAGAAAACGGAUGAAAGUCUCUGCCCUCAGGAGUUGGUAUUCAAGAAGGAAACAGGCGGUUUUAAAAAAAAAAAAGGUUUAACGUGUAGCCCUAAAGAUCCAGAAACCCAAAGGAACCACUAUUCCUGCUCCACAUAGUCCCAUCCGUAGUGAGGCUGUUUCUGGAAUCUGUGUGAUGACCAAGGUUUUAGGCAUGGCUGCAGUUCGGGUUCCUCGGCCUCCACGGGAGAGGGGGCCUGUGGUGGUUAAAGAUGAGGAAGAGGAAGGGAAGUGCCUUCCUAGCCUGGAGGUGUUCCGCCAGCGCUUCCGGCAGUUUGGGUACCAUGACACACCUGGCCCCCGGGAGGCCCUGAGCCAGCUCCGGGUGCUCUGCUGUGAGUGGCUGAGGCCCGAGAUCCACACCAAGGAGCAGAUCCUGGAGCUGCUGGUGCUGGAGCAGUUCCUGAGCAUCCUGCCCCAGGAGCUCCAGGCCUGGGUGCAGGAGCACUGCCCGGAGAGCGCUGAAGAGGCCGUCACUCUCCUAGAAGAUCUGGAGCGAGAACUGGACGAGCCAGGGCAGCAGGCCUCACCGCCUCCAAAUGAGCAGAAACAGAUGUGGGAGAAGAGGUCCUCUUCAGGAACGGCAAAGUUUCCAAGCAGUGUGCAGCCCCAGUCUGUGGAGACCAGUCACAGAUGCGAAGCUUGGGAGCCCUUGUACAUUCAGGAGACUGGGGAAGAGCAGGAUUUCACUCCAGAGCUGAAACAGAGUCAAGAUCAUAAAUCGAACACCCAGAAUGAGGAAUCAACAGAGAAGCAGAAAAGUUCUGAAGAAUCUCAAGAAUUCAAAAGGGAUAUUAUUCCUGUGAUUAUUGCCAGUAAAUGUGAGUCCAGGUUAGAAAGGCAGUGGGUAAACCUUGAAAAGGAAAGAGGAACAAAAACUCCUCUCCUAGACAAAGGUUCUAAGAAAGGAGAACACACACUGGGGAGAAACCAUAUGUGUGCACCAAAUGUGGGAAAGCUUUCAGCCACAGUUCAAACCUCACCCUUCAUUACAGAACACACUUGGUGGACCGGCCCUAUGACUGUAAGUGUGGGAAAGCCUUUGGUCAGAGCUCAGACCUCCUUAAACAUCAGCGAAUGCACACUGAAGAGGCACCAUAUCAGUGUAAAGAUUGUGGGAAAGCUUUCAGUGGUAAAGGCAGCCUCAUUCGACACUACCGGAUACACACUGGGGAGAAACCUUACCAGUGUAACGAGUGCGGGAAGAGCUUUAGUCAGCACGCGGGUCUUAGUUCACACCAGAGACUCCACACUGGAGAGAAGCCAUAUAAAUGUAAGGAGUGUGGGAAGGCCUUCAACCACAGCUCAAAUUUUAAUAAACAUCAUAGAAUCCAUACUGGGGAGAAGCCCUAUUGGUGUAAUCAUUGUGGAAAAACCUUCUGUAGUAAGUCCAAUCUUUCCAAACAUCAGAGGGUCCACACUGGAGAGGGAGAAGUGCUUUAAGUGUUGAGCAUGCUCUCUGAGUGGUUUUUGAUUUUUCAAGUUUUAGCAUACGGAUCCUAGGGAGAAGCCUAGUAAUUGCGCUAUAAACUCUAGUGGUAGAUUUUGUUUCACUCAACGUCAAGGGUGCCUGAGGAAUGAGUGCUUGGGUGUUGGCACAGUGGGAAGGAGGUCCUGGAGGGCAUCAGGGUACUCACUGCCCACUGGCCAGCUCGCUGGGACGGGGUCCCCCACCACACUUGGGGUCUCCUGAACCAGGCCGGCAUUGCCUUUUCUAUAGUUAAACUGAGUAUAUCCAAUAUAAUUAAGGAAGAAACACUGAAACUGUUUAACUGUUUUAACAUAUAUUCAAGAA